AUGAUAAAAGUAUCUCCAGCUUCAAUGAAAUCUACAGUUCCUUAUAUGAUUCAUUUACAUAUUUGGACAAUGACUUGUGAUUUUAUGUUCGCGGUUUUGUUAUGUCCAAUGUUUUUCCUACCUUUGUUGGCUGGAAUACCUUAUGGUGUUCUGAAUUACUUCAAAAUUCCUGUCAUUCCUCAGUUCUGGUUGGCAUUUGCAGCAUUGGGAGGUACUGAAUUUCUGAAAUGUAUUUAUUCAAUUGAAAAAAAUUCAGGUAUGACUUGCGCAGUAAUAACAUUAUUCGAAUACCGUCAUCGAGUUAUUGUAACUUCUAGCAAGUUCGUAAUGCGAAGAAGAUCAACUAGAAUCAUUUUUAACUUCUUUUUCUAUCUUUAUCAUAUCAAUUUUGGUCUUCCAGAGAUUUUAACAAUCCCAGAAAACCAGAAAGAACUCAAAUAUCUAUUUUUGAUGGUAAUCUGAAAAAUACUGUAUCUGAUAAAUCUUUGAAAUUUUCAGAGUUAUCCAUGUCCUCCGGAAGUAUACUUUCAUGAUGAUAUGUUUAUUUUACAAAAAGAUGGAACAGUAUUUAAUCCACAUAUGUAUUUCACAUGUUUUACUAUAAGUUGUAUUGCGGGUUUUUAUGUUUUUCACACAUUAUAUACAUUACUAUCCUCAAGUAAUCCAAAUAUGUCGGAAACAACAAGAAAAUUGCAAAGAAGCUUUUUUAUGUCAACUCUAAUACAAGUGACUAUACCAAUUGCUGUUAUUUUGGUGCCAAAUAUUUAUUGGAAUCUAUCAAUCACAUUUCAAUUUUAUUUCCAAGAAGGUAAUAAUUUAAGUGUUAUUUGUUUCACAUUGCAUGGAUUGUCUGCUUCAAUCGCAACUAUUUUCUUAUAUAAACCAUAUCGAACAUUCACUUCGGAGUUAUUUCUCAAAAGUAAGUAGUGGGUAUAAAACACUAUUAAUAGUGUUGAUGAAUUUCAGAAGUUUUGAGGAUGGAACCAAAAGCAUCAAGUCCUAUAGUAGCAAUUUCCAAUAUUAGUAUUCAUCAUCGAUAA